GAACAGGAAGCAGUUAGUGAGUGAAUGGAUGCUGCUGUUCAGAACAGCAACAUUCAUUUAUCAGUUUUACCUUCUUUACACUGAAAAUAUAUUGCCAGACUCAAUAGACCAAACCAAAACUCCGUUUAACGGCAAGGUAUAUUGAAGAUCAUGGUUUAAGGUAGUGCAGGACUUUCUAAAGCCGCUACCACCCAAGCAGAAGGAUGUCGGACGAGGACGUGCCACAUGUGGUCGACAUGACCACCAGUGAGAAGGUGGUGGAGCUGCUGAACCAGGCCGCUCUGAUGGGGACAGAAGAGAAGCUGACGGUGCUCAAACAGGUCCAGGAGCUUAUUAUCAACAAGGAUCCAUCCCUGCUUGAUAAUUUUUUGGACGAGAUGAUUGCAUUCCAGUCGGACAAGUCCAUGGAAGUGAGGAAGUUUGUCAUUGGGUUCAUUGAAGAGGCAUGUAAACGUGACAACGAGCUGCUGCUGCGUCUGGUGGCCAACCUGAACAUGCUGCUGCGGGACGAGAGCGUCAACGUGGUGAAGAAGGCUAUCCUCACCCUCACACAGCUCUACAAGGUCACCCUGCAGUGGAUGGUUCGCUCCAAGGCGGUGACGGAGAUGCAGGAGGCAUGCUGGGACAUGCUCACGCAGAUGAAGGGCGACGUCCUCGCCCUGUUGGACUCUGAGAACGACGGCGUACGAACCCACGCCAUCAAGUUCACCGAGUCACUCAUCAUCUCUCUGUCGCCGCGGACGUCUGACUCGGACGUCCCCAAGCGACAGGACGCAGACGUCAGCCUGGACAAGAUCCCCAAAGACCACUCCUACAUCCGCUACGUCAUGCUGUGCGAGGAGGGGAAGUCAGCGCUGGAGCAGUUGCUGAAGUUCAUGGUGCACCCAGCCAUCUCCAGCAUCAACCUGACCACGGCGCUAGGCUCCCUGGCCACGCUCGCCCGCCAGAGGCCCAUGUUCAUGUCCCAGGUGGUGCAGGCCUACGAGACCCUCCAUGCUAACCUGCCCCCCACGCUGGCCAAGUCCCAGGUGAGCAGCGUGCGGAAGAACCUGAAGAUCCACCUGGUGGCGGUGCUCAAGCACCCCUGCAGCCUGGACUUCCAGGCCCAGAUCGGCACCCUGCUGCUGGACCUGGGCAUGCCCCAGAGCGAGAUCAGCCGCGCCACGCCCGUCCCCCGGGAGCCCCGCAAGAGGCCCCGCACCGAGCAGUACACCGAGGGCAAGAAGAUCAAGAUGGAGCCUGCUCUGAUGGAGGAUGACGAGGAGAAGGAGGAGCCAGCAGCAAUGUCGGUCUCCAAACCCUCCCCCGCCCCCGCCGCCCAGACCGCCAUCGACCUCACCGCCCACUUCCUCCACCCGCUGCUCAACGCUGAGAACGUCGCCAACCUGGUGCUCAUCAGCAUGGUGUACCUGCCAGACGUCAUGCCCGCCUCCUUUCAGGCCACCUACACACCUGUGGAGUCGGCCGGCACCGACGCCCAGAUCAAACAUCUGGCUCGGCUCAUGGCCACGCAGAUGACGGCGGCGGGCAUCGGCCCAGGUCUGGAGAAGAGUCGUGCACGGGAGGGGGACUCCAAAGAGAGCCUGGGGGAGGACGAGCUGUCCCAGGAGAUGCUGAUCAAGAGGAAGCUGCCAAUGGCCCACGGCCAGGCCAUCUCCGUGGUGGGCACCCCCUACCCGGAGAAGCAGGCCGCCAUCGAGGUGCCGCUCACCAAGAAGCUCCCGGAGCCCAUCCUGCCCUCCACACAGCCCAAGUUGCCGGGUGCGACGGGCAAGAGGAAGGUGUUCCGGCUGGCGGACGUGGUGCAGCCCCUGCUGGAGGGCCAGAUUGAGAAGCUCACGUCCGGGGCCGUCAAACGCAUCCUCGACUCUGAGAAGAACAUUGCCCAGAGCGGCAUGGCCCACAUCCGGGUGAAGCUGCUGUCGCGGCUGGUGACCCAGUUCGAGGGCAUGAUGAAGGAGGACGUGCUGGCCUUCAUCCUGGAGGACAUCCGCAGCCGCAGUGACCUGGCCUUCUCCCUGCUGUACCAGGAGUACAACGCCUACCUCAGCCAGCUGCCCGAGGGCCUGCUGGACGGCUACGACCACUGCCUCUACACCCUGCUGUCGGGCCUGCAGGAGAAGCCCGAGCAGAGGGACGGUCUUUUCACAAAGCUGGUUCUGGAAGCACCCGUCAUUACAGAGUCGGCGCUGGAAGUGAUCCGGCGAUACUGUGAGGACGAGUCCCGGGUGUAUCUGGGCAUGAGCACGCUGAAGGAGCUCAUCGUCAAGCGACCGUCGAGACAGUUCCAGUACCUCCACGUCCUGCUUGACCUCAGCUCCCACGAGAAGGAGAAGGUUCGCAGCAUGGCCCUGCAGUUCAUCAAGCGUAUGUACGAGAAGGACCAGCUACGGGACUACAUUGAGAAGUUUGCCCUGAACUACAUGCAGCUGCUGGUCCAUCCCAACCCCCCCUCUCUGCUCUUCGGCGCCGACAAAGACACGGAGGUGGCGGCGCCAUGGACGGAGGAGACGGUGAGGCAGUGUCUGUUCCUCUACCUCUCCCUGCUGCCCCUCAACCACAGGCUGGUCCACGAGCUGGCCUCCGUCUACACCGAGGCCAUCGCCGACAUCAAGCGCAGCGUGCUGCGUGUCAUCGAGCAGCCCAUCCGUGGCAUGGGGAUGAACUCCCCCGACCUCCUGCUGCUGGUGGAGACGUGUCCCAAAGGAGCGGAGACGCUGGUGACCCGCUGCCUCCACAUCCUCACCGACAAAGUGCCCCCGUCGCCAGAGCUGGUGGAGAGGGUUAGGGACCUGUACCACAAACGAGUGCCUGACGUCCGCUUCCUCAUCCCCGUCAUCAACGGCCUGGAGAAGAAAGAAGUGAUCCUGGCUCUCCCUAAGCUGAUCAAACUGAACCCCAUCGUGGUGAAGGAGGUGUUCAACCGGCUCCUGGGCACACAGCACAGUGAAGGCAGUUCAUCGAUGUCGCCCCUCACCCCAGGGGAGCUCCUCGUCUCUCUGCACAACAUCGACUCAACCAAGUGUGACAUGAAGUCCAUCAUCAAAGCCACCAACCUGUGCUACGGGGAGAAGAACGUGUACACGUCGGAGGUGCUGGCGGUGGUGAUGCAGCAGCUGAUGGAGCAGAACCCCCUGCCCAUGUUGCUGAUGCGGACCGUCAUCCAGAGUCUCAGCAUGUACCCCCGGCUGGGCGGCUUCGUCAUGAACAUCCUGUCCCGCCUCAUCGUCAAGCAGGUGUGGAAGCACCCCAAGGUGUGGGAGGGCUUCGUGAAGUGCUGCCAGAGGACCAAGCCCCAGUCGUUCUCCGUGUUGCUGCAGCUGCCCGCCACCCAGCUGACCAGCGUGUUCGACCGCUGCCCCGAGCUCAGGGACCCGCUGCUGCAGCACGUCCACUCCUUCACCCCCCACCAGCAAGCCCAUAUCGCCCCCUCGGUCAUGGGCGUCCUGGAGGCCAGCGAUCAGCCUACGGUCAUGCCUGUGGGCCCCCCUGUGGAGAGACGGGUCGAAGGGGCCCCUGCUCAAGCUCCCCCACUAAAGGCAGAAGCUGCUGCUCCUCCUCCAGUGAAGGUGACGCUGGUGGAAGACCGGCCUGUCCAGUCCCACCUCCCCCCCGUCCAGUCCCACCUACCCCCUGUCCAGGCUCGCCUCCCCCCUGUCCAGACCCACCUCCCCCCUGUCCAGACCAACCUCCCCCCUGUCCAGACCCACCUCCCCCCUGUCCAGACCCACCUACCCCCUGUCCAGUCCCACCUCCCCCCUGUCCAGACCCACCUACCCUCUGUCCAGGCACAUCUCCCCGCUGUCCAGGCACAUCUCCCCGCUGUCCAGUCCCAUCCCCAGCCAGUCCAACAGAAGCAGCCAGACCUCAGGACCAGCGAACCCGUGGAAGAACCCAUGGACCAGGGAGGGCUGGACACGGGGGUCCAGGAGAAACCAGACCCUAGGGUGACCCAGGUUGAGGUGCAAAGGCCAGAGGAGUCUUCAACUCCUCCAACAGAAACCACAGAAGAAGAACCAAUGGAGACGGCUGAUCCUGAACUGUCAGAGUUGAAUGAACCAACCGAAGAUGCCGAUGCAGACCGCGCAGAAGAGUCAAAGGAUGGGAGCGGAGAAGAAGAGCCUGAAUAAAUUUUCUAAAAAGGAAAACACUUAAGAGUUUGUUAGUUUAGGUUACUUUUGGAUCAUAUUUAGUUGUUUUGUACUAAAUUUAAAAAAUGAUAUUUUGAUGAAAAAAAUGUUUAGUUCAUGUAUGUUUCGCUUUUUCCUUUCUUUCAUUUUGAGAAGGCGAAUAAAAAUAUCAAACCGAAAUUGUCUGUUUUAUCCAUAUUUUACUGUCAGCACAGUUUGUUUUUACUGCUUGCGAAUGUAAAUAAAUAAACGUGCAUGUG